CACCAGUCAAGGACUCUGGAAAGGACAGUGUCUUCUGUGCCAGCUCAUAAUGGGUUGGCUUCGGCUGUUUUUCCUCCAUCCCGUCUCACUUUAUCAAGGGACUGCUUUUCCCUUUGCACUUCUAUUUAAUUAUCUCUGCAGUAUGGAUUCAUUUUCCACUCAUGCCAGGCACCUCUUUCUCCUGGCUGGAGGAGGGGCCCUGGCCUUGGCUGCUAUGGGUUCCUUUGCUGUGCUUGUCUUCAUCCCUGCUCUGGGCACGGUGGUUCUGAUCUACUCACUCGGCCCACAGGAGGUCCACAGGUGGACUUUCUUCUUUCAGAUGAGCUGGCAGACGCUGUGUCACCUGGGUUUGCACUAUACUGAGUAUUAUCUGCAGGAACCUCCUUCCACAAGGUUCUGCAUCACUCUUUCUUCCCUCAUGCUCUUGACCCAGAGGGUAACAUCCCUCUCUCUGGACAUUUGUGAGGGGAAGGUGGAGGCAGCAUCACGAGACAUCAGGAGCAGGAGCUCUUUGUCUGAGCAUCUGUGUAGGGCACUGCCCUAUUUCAGCUACUUGCUCUUUUUUCCUGGUCUCCUAGGAGGCCCUCUGUGUUCUUUCCAGAGAUUUCAGGCUCGUGUUGAAGGGUUCAGCUCUGUGUGUCCCAGGUACUCCUUCUGGGCUUUCAUCUGGAAGGGUCUGCAGAUUCUGGGACUGGAGUGCCUAAUGGUGGUCAUGAGGUGGGUGGUGAGUGCAGGAGCCGGUCUGGCCGACUGCUGUCAACUCCAGUGCAUCUAUGUCAUGUGGUCCACCGCUGGGCUCUUCAAACUCACCUACUACUCCCACUGGCUCCUGGAUGACUCCCUCCUCUGUGCUGCGGGCUUUGGAUCUGAGUUUGGCGAGAGCCCUGGCGAGGAGGGAUACCUCCCUGAUGCGGACAUUUGGAUGCUAGAAACAACCCACAGAAUAUCCCUGUUCACAAGAAAAUGGAACCAAAGCACAGCUCGGUGGCUCAGACGCCUCAUAUUCCAACAGGGCAGGGCCUGGCCGUUGUUGCAGACAUUCACCUUCUCCGCCUGGUGGCACGGACUCCACCCAGGACAGGUGUUUGGUUUCCUUUGCUGGGCUCUGAUGGUGAAAGCUGACUACCUGAUUCACACCUUUGCCAAUUUGUUUAUCAGAUCCUGGCCCAUGCGGCUACUCUACAGAACCCUCACCUGGGCCCACACCCAGCUCAUCAUUGCCUAUAUAAUGCUGGCCGUGGAGGGCAGGAGCCUCUCCUCUCUCUGGCUGCUGUGUAAUUCUUACAACAGUGUCUUUCCCAUGGUGUACUGUAUUUUGCUUCUUCUAUUAGCAAAGAGAAAGCAUAAAGUUAACUGACAUCUUUCCCCAGCCUUCAUUUUAGACAUCCAUGAAACAGAAUUUACAAAGUGCCAGAUGGUUGUUGAUGAUAAAA